CUCUCAGGAGUCGUUUCGAGAGAUUUUUUUUUUUUUUUCGUAAAGUUCAAAGUUUCCUCCCCUCACCAGGGUUACCAUGGCGACCAUGGCAAGCACUACAAGGGCCACGACGACAAGCACAAGUACUACGGCGACGCCCACAGCGGCAAGAAGGGAGGGAAGGGUCACCACUACGGCUCCAAGGGUCACCACAACAAAGGUCACAAGGACAAGGGCUUCAAGAACGUGUACCACAAGGAGGAAUACGGCCACACCAAGAAGUUCUACGACGACCACGACGACAAGAAGUACCACAGCAACUACGACGACCUCGAUACCUACUUCAAGGCACACAAGGGCAGCGACUACAAGGGAGGCCACUACAAGGGCGGACACCAUCGCGAUGCCCAUGGCCACAAGGGGCACCACGAGAAGGGCAAAUACCACGACGACCACGCAGGCCAUGAUGGCCACUACGGUGACAAGGGCCACUAUGGCCAUAAGAGCUCCUAUGGCGACCACGGUGGACACAAAGGUCAUUAUGGUCACGACGAUCAUAAGGGAUAUGGCCAUGGCGGCCACGGUGGUGGAUAUGGUCACGGUGGCCAUGGAGGUGGACAUGGUAGCGGAUAUGGCCAUGGUGGCCACGGAGGCGGUUAUGGCCAUGGUGGCCACGGAGGUGGUUAUGGCCAUGGUGGACACGGAGGAGGCUACGGCGCCCACUCCACCGUCCAGGUCGUCCACCAGGCGGCGCCCAAGAGCUUCGAGUCCUUCGGCGACUUCGCCUUCGCAGGACACUGAGGACCUCCUUCGAGGCCGAUGCCCGGCGGGUCGCCCUCCGCCCCCCGCCGGGUACGCUGUCUCCUCGAUCCACGCCCGGCACAUCCUGAGAGAUCUGCCCUGUAUAUAACAU